AUGUCAUUCAGAUCAUCAAUUAGAGCUGCUAAAGCUGUCUCAAGAGCUACUAGAUCAGUUAACACUAGAUCUUUAACUACUUUAACUAAAAUUGCUAAUGCUACCGUUGCUAACACCACCCCAGUUUCAAGAAUUGGUGCUGUUAGAGGUGUUAAAACCAUUAACUUUGGUGGUAUGGAUGAAGUUGUUUACGAAAGAGCUGACUGGCCAAGAGAAAAAUUAUUAGAAUAUUUCAAAAACGAUACCUUAGCUUUAAUCGGUUACGGUUCCCAAGGUUACGGUCAAGGUUUAAACUUAAGAGAUAAUGGUUUAAAUGUUAUCAUUGGUGUUAGAAAAGAUGGUGCUUCAUGGAAAGCUGCUAUUGAAGAUGGUUGGGUUCCAGGUGAAAACUUAUUCGAUGUUAACGAAGCUAUCUCAAAAGGUACUUACAUCAUGAACUUAUUAUCUGAUGCUGCUCAAUCUGAAACUUGGAACAGUAUUAAACCACAAUUAACUGAAGGUAAAACUUUAUACUUCUCCCACGGUUUCUCCCCAGUUUUCAAGGAAUUAACCAAAGUUGAACCACCAACCAACAUUGAUGUUAUCUUAGCUGCUCCAAAAGGUUCAGGUAGAACUGUUAGAUCAUUAUUCAAAGAAGGUAGAGGUAUUAACUCAUCUUAUGCUGUCUGGAACGAUGUUUCCGGUAAAGCUGAUGAAAAAGCUAUUGCUUUAGCUGUUGCCAUUGGUUCAGGUUACGUUUACCAAACCACCUUCGAAAGAGAAGUUAACUCAGAUUUAUACGGUGAAAGAGGUUGUUUAAUGGGUGGUAUCCACGGUAUGUUCUUAGCUCAAUACGAAGUCUUAAGAGAAAACGGUCACACUCCAUCAGAAGCUUUUAAUGAAACUGUUGAAGAAGCUACCCAAUCAUUAUACCCAUUAGUUGGUAAAUACGGUAUGGAUUACAUGUAUGAUGCUUGUUCUACCACUGCUAGAAGAGGUGCUUUAGAUUGGUACCCAAGAUUCAAAGAUGCUUUGAAACCAGUCUUCACUGACUUAUAUGAAUCCGUUAAAAACGGUAGUGAAACUCAAAGAUCUUUAGAUUUCAACUCACAACCUGAUUACAGAGAAAGAUUAGAAGAAGAAUUAGAAGUUAUCAGAAAUAUGGAAAUCUGGAAAGUUGGUAAAGAAGUUAGAAAAUUAAGACCAGAAAACCAAUAG